UGUCGCGAGUCAUCUCGCCAAGAAACCACAACAAAACAAGCAGUGAUUGACUUACUGUGUUACUUUCCUCCCUGAACGUGUUCCUUAGACAUGGCUGGAGACGAGUACUUUGCGUCCAAAGGCUCACUGAAGCUGAAGGGCGUGGCAGAUUCUGGAAUUAAAAAGAAGAAGAAGAAGAAGAAGGAAACAGAUAAAGAGAUGGCUGCCAGCAUACAACGCAACACUUCACCCAACUCCACCCCAGAAAAAGAGGCUCCUUAUGUUGUUGUCCGCAACUAUACUGAAGCAGAGCGCAGAUUUAUGGAAAGACAAAGAAAAAUGGAAGCUGAUAGAAUCCUGAAGAAGGCAAGCAAGACUCACAAAGAAAAAGUUGAGGACUUCAACAGACACCUGGACUCCCUCACAGAACACUUUGACAUCCCCAAGGUGUCCUGGACCAAGUAAAGCAUUCUCUGCAUUGGUUUGUGCAAAGCUGUGUGUGUUGUGAUCUACGAUAUUUGUAUAACAUAGCCCACUAUGAUUACCAAUGUGUUGUUGUUCAAGUAAAGAUAGAUAACGAGAUAAUCAUCAUGCCUAAAGCAAUGUUCAACUAUCACAUAUGAAUAAUGGUGUGCCGAACUUUUGAAUAAUACAUUUUCACACUGG